GUUCCUGUGCUCCCUCCGCCCCCUUCCCUCGCCUUCUGCUGACGCUGACGUCGGGCGAGGGAGCUGGAGGAGCGCUCCGUUCGCGGCCGGGAGGCUCCGGGGGCCGGGGCUCCGAGGUUAUAAUGUAACUUAUGCUCUCCUGCUUUUUCCCUGCCCCUUCUCCCCAAAUCAUCAACAGUAGAAAAAAGAAGGAGGAGGAACCAUGUCAGGACACAAAUGCAGUUAUCCCUGGGACUUACACAGUCGAUAUCCCCAAGACAAGUCAGUUGUGAAUAAGAUGCAGCAGAAGUAUUGGGAAACGAAGCAAGCCUUUAUUAAAGCCACGGGGAAGAAAGAAGAUGAGCAUGUCGUUGCCUCCGACGCAGACCUGGACGCCAAGCUAGAGCUGUUUCACUCAAUUCAGAGAACCUGUCUGGACUUGUCUAAAGCAAUUGUACUCUAUCAAAAGAGAAUAUGUUUCUUGUCUCAAGAAGAAAACGAACUGGGAAAAUUUCUCCGGUCCCAAGGCUUCCAAGAUAAAACCAGAGCGGGAAAAAUGAUGCAAGCGACAGGAAAGGCCCUCUGCUUUUCUUCCCAGCAAAGGUUGGCUUUGAGAAACCCUCUGUGCCGCUUUCACCAAGAAGUGGAGACGUUCCGGCAUAGGGCCAUCUCCGACACUUGGCUGACGGUGAAUCGCAUGGAGCAGUGCCGGACUGAAUACAGAGGGGCGUUACUGUGGAUGAAGGACGUGUCCCAGGAGCUUGAUCCAGACCUCUGCAAGCAAAUGGAGAAGUUCAGGAAGGUGCAAACACAAGUUCGCCUUGCCAAAAAAAGCUUUGACAAAUUGAAGAUGGAUGUGUGUCAAAAAGUGGAUCUUCUUGGAGCGAGCAGAUGCAAUCUCUUGUCUCAUAUGCUAGCAACAUACCAGACCACUCUGCUUCAUUUUUGGGAGAAAACUUCUCACACUAUGGCAGCCAUCCAUGAGAGCUUCAGAGGUUAUCAGCCAUAUGAAUUUACCACGUUAAAGAGCUUACAAGACCCUAUGAGGAAACUGGUGGAGAAAGAAGAAAAGAAGAGGAUCGCCCAGCGGGAAAGUGCAGAGGCCGUGGCGGAAGAGCCAAGUCAGUUAAUUUCACUAGAGGAUGAAAACCAGCACAAGGAAUCCUCUAGUUUUAAGACCGAAGAUAGAAAAAGUGUUUUAUCUGCCUUAGACAAAAGCUCUACACAUAAUGCAUGCUCAGAUGAACUUUUAGACAUGAAACCCGAGGAAGGUGCUUGCCUGGGCCCAGUGGCAGGGACCCCCGAACCUGAAGGUGCUGACAAAGAGGACCUGCUGCUGUUGAGUGAGAUCUUCAACGCUUCCUCCCUGGAAGAGGGCGAGUUCAGCAAAGAGUGGGCUGCUGUGUUUGGAGACGGUCGGCUGAAGGAGCCAGUGCCCGCUGCGGCCCCAGGAGAGCUGGACCCCAGGCCCCAGGCAGGCUCAGGAUUCCUUCCUUCACAGCUUCUAGAUCAAAACAUAAAAGACUUACAGGCCUCGCUGGAAGGCUGGUCAGAGAGCAGUGUCAAUCCUUCUUCUCCUCCAUGGCCAGCACCAAAGGCAAGCAGUCCAAAUGUCAACUACCCUGCAGUGAAAGAGCCUGCCAAGGCCUCCUCAGACCUGACUGCCUGGUUCAGCCUUUUUGCUGAUCUCGACCCACUAUCAAAUCCUGAUGCUGUUGGGAAAACCGAUAAAGAACAUGAAUUGCUCAAUGCAUGAGUCUGCUGCCUCCGUCUGGGAGGGAGCCCACAAGUGGCUCCAGAUCAACAUGCCGGGGGGCUCACGGAUGUAGGAAGUGAUCAGUAUGCUGUUUUAAUAUUUACGUGCCAUUUUAAUAAAAUGAAAGGGUCAAAGGCCCUGUUUAUAUUGGUAGAAUUAUUUACUCUCAUUUGGUGUAAAGGUUUCCGUGUGUCCUCUACGCGGACCUGACAGUGAUGGUCUAGGAGCGGUGUCCAGGCCCAUCAGCUGACAACUCCCUCUGCUGACUGCUGCUGUGUCACCGGGUUGCUACAAGGUCCAAGUUCACAUCAUUGUUAGGUUGAAAGAAGGUGUCCUCCAGCCUCAGAGGCAGCGGAAGUCUUAGGAGGCUUAAAUGCCUCCUUUUGUACCCCUGGCCCAUGUCCCUCUUAGAGGGGGGCUGCAGGGAGACUGCCUCUUCCUGCCCAGCCACCUUCCAGCAAGCUACAGGUGAAGCUCCGGCCAACCAAAGACUCCCCUGACCUUGCCUCCUGGGCCGCGGGUUCUCUCAUGGGCAGAGGGACUGAGCUGGUCAGCACUGCACAAACUUGUCUGUGGAAGCCAGCCAUGUCUGCAGAUCUCAGCUCUCCAGCCCUCUCCUUGGCUGGAAUUCAAAAGCAUGUAUUUCUGGAGCCCCGUGUGACAUUAA